AUGAUCACACUCUUUGUCGCUCUUUACUCUCUGCUUUGUCUCUGCACAGCUGUAAAAACUUCUGACAUCAGGGAGCUUCACGUGAAAAGAGUAAAGCGUGGAGAAAAUGUAACUAUGGAGUGUAACAUUAGCAGCGUCAAAAACAAAAAUAAUUUAUUUUGGUACAGACAGAGUUUUGGAAAAUUGCCUCAGUUUUUUGCAAAACCAUACAGUAACGCUUUGGGCUACAUAUUUGCUGAGGGAUUUAAAGAUAGCCGCUUCAGUAUUACUGUAAAUGACCAUAAGUUUGAUCUCUACAUUAAUGGAGCAAGAGAAGAUGAUGGAGGAGAAUAUUUUUGUGGAGAACUGGAUGGAAGUUUACUAAAGUUCACAUCUGGAACAUGUCUGCAAUUUGAAGGUGAAGAGAUGAAACCCAGUCGUAGACCUGGAACAGUUAACAAGAACACAGAUUCUGUUACACUCCAGGGUUCAGACAGCAGCGAUGGAAAAGGUGUUUCAUCAAGAAACCAUCAAAUUCCCACCAAUCAGGCUGAUGAUGAAGAUGCCUUGAACUAUGCAGCUGUGAGUUUUGCUAAGAAACCUUCAUCCUCCAGAACAUCCAGAGACAAGAGCCAUGAAGACGUUUAUGCACAAGUUAAAAUAAAAUAAAGAGAAAUUAAUUCAGACUUGAAAUACAAUAUAAAUGCAAUUAUUCACCCAGUUUGUAGACAGAUGUGUCAUAUUUUAAUCGGACAAAAACAUUUUUAUUGCUGUAAGUUUUAUCACCAUUUCCAAACCUUUGUAA